AUGCAUUACCGAUUGCUGGUGUCCUGGAAUGCGAAGAAGCUGGUGCUCGGAAAGAACCCUGGGUUUGCCCCGCCGCUUCGAAUGUCACUGCUCGGUCUACUUCACGGCUCCUCCAAAAUCUUAGACUUAUCUAGCAUAAUUUCACAAAGCGAAAAUAACAGGCUGAGUGUGGAUAAUGCGAGGAAAGGAAACACCAUCGGGCAGCCAACACUAUCCACCUUUGGCACCCAAUCGGUAAUGGACGGCGUUGGCUGGCCUUCUAUCCGAGCGCAAAGGACACCACAUCAAGGACUGCCGCAAUUAUCAAUUGGUACUGGAGCCAAUGCCUCAUUUCGGAGAUGGGGGGUCUCAGCGCUGCGAUCAGAUAGGAAAACUGCGGAUGUGGAAGAAGAGCACCCGGAAAGUCAGCGGCAUACGCAGUUUACCAACGGUUUCCCUCAUCCCGUAAACGUCCAGUCAAACGUCGCCUUCAUCCCGCAGCAGUCCUCCAUUGACAGAUUUGUCGUCAACAUCUGGGAGCGGAUUCACGGCUGCAUGAGCUUCGAUUCCCAAAAUUUACUUGAACAGUGGCAGCUCGUGGCAACGGCGGCAAAGGCGGGAACGGGAAGCAGUAAUGAUGCUGUCAAGAUUUACUUUCCUGAGCAGCUGGGUUUCGACAAGCUCCAGGCGUCGUCAGCAGAGGGCACGCUGUCUGAUAUUGAGAUCGAAGGGAUUUUCAAUCGCGGUAACAUUUUUUGCCGGGAAAUCACGCAAACCAGCUGCGCCUGCCGCCUGAUCGAGGUCAUUGUCCAAGCGCGGUGGAUUGAGCACUUUGACUCGUACGUCGAGCUACUUGCCAUCACUAAACCCAGUAUGUCCCGCGCCAAACGCCGCAAAGCGACGCUCAUCAAGACAUGUCACGACUUUGGGUGGUCCGAGAAGGAGCUGCGAAACAGGAUGGCCAUCUGGCGCGGUUACAAGGACAUCAAGGACGCGGGAGGCUGGGCAGUGCUUGUCUUUUCCGGCGUGGGAUUCUACCGCUUCUGCAAAUACAGAGUUGGAUUUGACCCGGAUAGCAUGCAGCGACUCCGGUGCCUCCGGCCGCAGAUUGAGGUCGCCGCCGAUACGCUGCACCCCACAUGGCGGCAUCUACUCGUGAUUGUUGGUGAACGUACGCAGCGUCGCUUUUUCGGCCACCCACACGACUGGGUAGUCUACAGGGACGGUUCGGAUCCGGUAUCGCUCCGGUCGACAUACCUCAAGUACAACCCUAAGUUCAGCUUUGAGCAGCUUGAACACUCAGUCAUAGAUAUGAGCGCGUGGGGUACCGAUGACCCACGGUGGGUGCCGCCAGUGGACGCCGUGGCUUGUGUCCUAGGCGUACACACAUGUCAAUCGUGCGGGCGGGAACAGUCCGAAGACCCUAAGACCAACUCGUGCUAUUGCUUCCCGACGUUAUUUGGGUUCGGACGCCGGUUCCCCUCUCCGGUGCAGGUGUUCCGGACCUCUGACGGACGCAACAACGGCCUGAUGGCUCUGUGUCCGUUUGAGCGCGGCGCGGCGAUAGGAGAAUUUGUGGGCCUUAUCACGAGAGAUUUGCAAAAAACGGACGUCAUGGAUAGCUCGACGGGUGGCCGAGCCUAUCAGAUCUGGCAAGGUCGGCAGGGCAACUUUACGAGGUUCAUCAAUCACAGUUGCCAGUCCAAUGCGCAAUUCCAGCAAUUUGUGUGGAUGAGUACGCAACGCAUCAUCCUAACGGGUCGAUGCUCGCCGAAAGCGCAGUGGGCUACGGGUCUGCGAUUCACCGCGGCCCUCAAGUCAUUGCAAAAAGCUAUGGUCACAGAGGUCUUUGAUGCCGAAGCUGAAGGAGCCCGGCAAGGCCUGCGGCGAGCACUUCGUCUAGCCACCUCCUCCAUCGCACCGAUACACUUCUGCCUUAAUCAUACUUCUGCCCUGAGCUUCAUCUCAGGCUUCGGUAGCUCUUCAGAGGCUGCCCUCCCGAUGCCCAGCCCUCCGCCACUGGCCUCAUACGCCGGGAUAGCGAAGAAAGCCCGGACGCAUGCCCGGAGCCAUUACCAGCAAUGGUGGAAUAAGUCUAAGCAGAAGCACAAACUGGGUAUGCAGGAACUGCCGUGGUCAUCGGAUGCACCCCAGAACUAG